CGCAUCGCGUCUGAUUCUGUAUAGACUCCUUCAACAUGCGGGCAUCAGUAGCAACCGCCCUCUCAGCGUGGGCGCUGGCAACCACCGCGUCGCCGCCUCACCCACCAGCCGGAGGGUCCAAGCCAGGGCUCGGCCUGCGCAAGUUUACGAGCCUGGUCAUGUUUGGUGACAGCUGGACCGACUCUGGGCUCCGUGACUAUCAGCCUGAUGCCAGCGGGAACAUAGGGAAGCCAUCCAAUAACGCCUCCACAGGUGGCCGCGUCUGGCCUCAAUACGUGGAGCAAUAUGCCGGCGUGCGCUCCUACGACUACGCCGUGUCCGGCGCCAUGUGCGACGGGACCUACGGCACCGGCUCGCGCAACGGCAUCAAGCAGAACCAGCUGCCCACCUUCCUCUCCAACAGGGCGGCCGUCAACCCCGUCACCCACCGCCCGGCGCUCGACAUCCCCGUCCAGGAGACCGUCUAUGGCAUCUGGAUCGGCACCAACGACCUCGGCAACGCCGGCUGGCUCGCCGAGUCGCAGCAGCCCCGCACGUUACCCCUGACGGCCUACACGGACUGCGUGUACGCGCAGCUCGACGCGCUGUACGCCUCGGGCGCCCGCAGCUUCGUCGUCAUGAACCAGGGCCCGAUCGACCUGAUCCCGCAGUACGCGCUGCCGGAGAACGGCGGCGUCGACGCGCCGCGCUUCUGGACCGACAAGCUGCGGUACAAUGCCAACAUUACGCAGACGAGCGAGAAGAUGCGCGAGUUCAUCGCCCUGGUGAACGAGGUGUACGAUCUGCGGACGCAGGUCGAUGUGCGGCUGAGGGGGAGGUACAAGGGCAGCCAGUUUGCCGUGUUUGACACGAACGCCUUGAUGACACACAUGUGGCACAACCCUUCGGAGUACUUCAACGGCACGGCGCCGCUCAACGUCACCUCGUCGAUCCGCCAGUGCGGUGCGGCGUGCAGCGCGCCCGAGGUCCGCGACAGCUACAUGUGGUACGACGAGCUGCACCCGUCGGAGCAGACGGACCGCGUCGUGGCGAGGGAGUUUAUCGAGGUUGUGAACGGCAAGAGCAAGUGGGCGACAUAUCUCACGGGCUGAUCUUGGCCAGGUCUACAGUACAUGUAGGAGCAGUGCCUGCUUGGAGCAUGGUCUGGCCGCGGAAAGAAGGCAGGGUUGUGACUGAUUGUUUGUUGGCGAGAGGACGUGUUCAGUCUGUAAAGCGAGCCAUUACAUUUGCCGCAAUCGGCGGCAGCCGCACAGGAAUCAACACUAGAUCGACUUGGUUGUAUAGUGUAUUCACAGUCAUAGUUUGUGGGU